UGGCAACUGACUACAAGAUCCCACCACUAACUGAGGAGCUAUUGGGAUUUGGUGACUGCUGGGAGAGAAAGUCGGUGCUGGGAUUCGUUUCCAGAGCAGACCCCGAUCUCAAGUCUAACUGGGCAAUGCAAACUGGAUUUGAUGGGGAAUGAAGAGAUUUUUUGGUUUCAGAGAACAUUUUCCUAGCCACACCGGAGCACUGGAGCGCUGUCCUGUCGUGAGGUUACACUGUUUACCAUUCGCUGAAGCCAUGGACCCUAGGAACUAUAUUGAUCAGAAUCCACUUUGACACAUGGCCCUUCGGCUCUCCAAAGCAGUGUCUCUUCAUGGUCCAUGCUGGUGAGGUCGUUAAGAGCACAGAAGCCCAUGUCAGCAGAUAAUCACCCUACAGGAGGCCAAGUGGUGUUCUGGAUGGAUGGCAGCUGGAAGCCCAUCUCCAUAGCCAGCUCAUCUUCAACACUGAAGCACUUACCUGGGCAUUAAGUAAUGAAAAUUUUGAAACCAUAUAUGAGGAAUACAUCCAUCUCGUGCUACUUGUGUUUCCUUCUAAACAGUCACUUUUUAACUGAAGCUGGCAUUCAUGUCUUCAUUUUGGGCUGUGUCAGCGUAGGUCUCCCUAAAACAGAGGCCAACUGGAUAGAUGUAAGAUAUGACCUGGAGAAAAUUGAAAGUCUUAUUCAAUCUAUUCAUAUUGACACUACUUUAUACACUGACAGUGACUUUCAUCCCAGUUGCAAAGUUACUGCAAUGAACUGCUUUCUCCUGGAAUUACAGGUUGUUUUACAUGAGUACAGUGACAUGACUGUUAGUGAAACAGUAAGAAACGUGCUCUACCUUGCCAACAGCACUCUGUCUUCUAACAAGAAUGUAGCAGAAUCUGGCUGCAAGGAAUGUGAGGAGCUGGAGGAGAAAACCUUCACAGAGUUUUUGCAGAACUUUAUACGUAUUGUCCAAAUGUUCAUCAACACGUCCUGAGUGCAGGCGCGCCUCUUCAGUGUUUCUGUUGUUAUGACACCUCUGCCUGCUGCUGAGAGCCAGUGCAGCUCCAUGCAUCUGUCAUCUGCUGGGAAAACAAAGUUUCCUAACAAGGAGCUGAUGAGCCAUGUGGAUCACAUGAACUCUCGGAAAUGAAGAGAGGAAAAGAGCUCCUCUCAAACUUAUGUUGACUUGCUUACUUUUAAUUUAUUACUUCAGUUGUACAUAUUUGUAAUAUAACAGAAGAUGUGGAAUAAAGUUGUAUGCCUAUUUUAUCAAUUGAAA